CGUAACAUCUGCCAAAAAUUACAAUGUCAUCAUUCUUCUCAACGCUUUUCCUAGUAUAUGAAGUUCCGUCAGCAGUAGAUACUUUGGCAAUCGCACAUUUCUGUUCAAAACGAAAAGCAAAUCAUCACCUAACCGAAAAUCUCAUCCAUUAAAUAUUUAUUCGAUAUUAAAUUUAACGUUCUACUUAAUGAAUGAGAUAGCAAAAUGCGGUAAUUCUUCACAGCACAAAACAGCUGUUUAUUGCACCACCAUCGUACGAUUCUUUGGUAGUACUUAUGUUGUGCCAUGGAUUCUUGUCCAAAGCAACCUCGUAGUCUGGGUUUUACAGGCGCUAAGCAAUGCUUUUCUACCGGUGCACCGUGCAGAUGCUUUUAGAACGCUCACCGGAGCACCAAGAUCUGCUGCAGAUGCUGCUAUUCGCGCGUCGCUCGUGGGAUUCAGCCGAUGGGACUCCCAGCAUCUUUUGCACGUUGCUCUGUACGGCUACACGUUUGAGACCAAUUUGCCUUUCUUUCCUUUUGUGCCCUGUUCAGUACGUAUCAUCGCCUUUUUCUUGCGCCCAUUAAUGACACCCAUCUUAAGCGAUUACACGAUACUUUUGCUCAUCUUUGUCAUCAUUAAUCACGCAGCAUUCGUUUUGGCUGGUUGUGCGCUGUACAGAUUGACUGUAAACGUUUUUCGAGACGAGCAGCUCGCCCAGGUAUCUGUCGUAUUGUUCGCCAUCAACCCGGCCAGUAUCUUCUUCCGUUCUUGCUACACCGAAUCCAUGUACUCGUGUUUCACCUUUUUGGCACUUUGCUUUUUGACUCAGCCCGACAGGCCCUCUUUCCUAAGAGCGUCGUUGUUUUUUGCCUUAGCAUCGUGUACCCGUUCAAACGGCCUUCUGAAUAUACUGUACGUCUCGUCCGCUUAUGCACUAAACCUGCUCAAGCCCCUGUAUUCAUCUUCACGUCACACGUCAGUUCGUGGAAUUUUGUGCUUUGUUUCAAGAGACUACGUUCAAGUAUUACGCAUUGUCCUAAUGUACAUUUGUUCUACGCUGGUGAUCGUCAUGGGACUACUAGCUUUUCAAUUUUACGCAUAUCGCUUGUUUUGCUGUGACUGUACCGACUCCUCAAAAGAGAUGAUAUCGACCGACAUAUUUGCUUUGGCUUUGGCCAAAAACUACACUUUGCCAUGUGCAACGGAAAAGCCUAAGUGGUGCAGUUUUCGCCUUCCGUUUUCAUAUUCCUAUGUACAGUCAGUACACUGGGACGUCGGUUUUUUAAAGUACUGGCGAUGGAGAAAGAUUCCUUUGUUCUUGCUUUCUUUGCCCAUAAUCAUGCUCAUUUAUUUGACAUUUAAAUUGUUCUUUAACUCGAACCGCAUACUGUGCAUGAUGCUUAUUCCUUCAUUGUUGCACCUGCUUAUUCUUGCAGUUGUCGGAAUAUUUUUCAUAAAUGUUGAAGUUACCACUAGGCUUAUCUUUUCGUCAUGUCCGGUUGUUUAUUGGUUCUGUGCUUCAUUGUUCUUUCAACAGAGAGUGAAAGUCGAUUUGUUGCAAGGCAAACAGCGAAGUAUUUUUGAGUGCCUGAAAAAGUUAUGGGAAUCAAACACUUGUGGCAGGAUGGUUCUGCUUUAUUACAUUAUUUACGGUUCCGUUGGUAGCGUCGUUCACUCCGCAUUUUAUCCUUGGACAUAA